AUGCAGGGACGAACACUUCGACGCCAUGAAUCGCUACUUAGGAAUUCCGGCCAUCCCAAUCAUGAUUCAGGCUCGACCCCGGAGAUGUGCUCCCCUGAAGAGACGAUGCUAAUAGGUUUCGAUGCGGGUUCGUUUGGCCUCCUCGGCCGUCUUCUCCCCGACAACUCGCCGGCCUUCGGGAAUGAUCGUCUCCAGUUGAAGUUACAGCCCACCAUUCACGAGACCCCGAGGGGACUAGUGCUGCCUAUUAUGGAGAUACCGAGUAAGGCCGUGAAUUGCAGCAUACUGCAUAUUGUAAUACUGGAGAUAGAUUUCCAGCCAUUGAUGCUCUGUGAUGACCCUAGAUCUGGGUGCAGUGAGAUCUGA